UUGUCGGUUUUCCAUGGUGGGAGGGGCCGUUUUGGCGGGCUGUCGUGACGCCACUAGCCCUUGCGGGAUUCUAAGGCACCGCCGCUAAGAUUAGGCUUUCUGGCUGACUUUAGAGAGGACAAGGGGUGGGCUCAGAAUCCGAGUAAGGCGUGAGCGCGGACCCACAGCAGCGGUGAAACGGAAGUCCCGCUCCAACGGAGCCCGCGUCCGGAGGGGAGCUGCAGUCUUCCUCGAGCGAUGGCCGGAGGGCUGUGCGCCUCGGCGGCCUGCGUCUUGGCUGCCAGGAGCUAAGGGAGCGUUCUCACCUGGUGUUGAUGUUGAAUAUGCCUUAUUAGCAUAUUAAAAUGGCUGUACCCAAAGACUCCAUCCCUUCCUUGUUAGAAUGUCAAUGCCAGAUCUGUGUGGAAAUCCUCUUCGAGCCUGUGACACUGCCUUGUAACCACACGCUCUGUAAACCAUGCUUCGAAUCGACUGUCGAAAAGGCAAGUUUGUGCUGUCCCUUCUGUCGCCGCCGGGUCUCUUCGUGGGCUCGGUACCGUAGCCGAACAAAUUCUCUUGUUAAUAUGGAACUGUGGGAGAUAAUUCAAAAACACUAUCCGAAGGAAUGCAAGCUAAGAGCCUCUGGGCAAGAAUCAAAGGAAAUUGUUGAUGACUAUCAGCCAGUCCGCUUAUUAAGUAAGCCUGGAGAAUUAAGAAGAGAAUAUGAAGAGGAAAUAAGCAAGGUAGAGGCAGAGCGGCGAGCCUGUGAGGAAGAAGAAAACAAAGCCAGUGAAGAAUACAUUCAGAGAUUACUGGCAGAGGAGGAAGAGGAGGAAAAGAGACAGGCAGAAAAAAGGCACAGAGAAAUGGAAGAACAACUGAAAAGUGAUGAAGAACUGGCAAGAAGACUAAGCCUUGAUAUUAACAAUUUCGGUGAGGGAAGUGUUUUGGCUUCGCCUUUGAAUUCCAGAAAAUCUGAUCCAGUCACAACCAAAUCACAAAAGAAAAGUAAAAACAAACAAACAAACACUGGAGAUAUUCAGAAGUAUUUGUCACCUAAAUCUCAACUUGGGUCAGCAUCACAGUCUGAAGUUGUACAGGAAGACAGAAAAAACUCCAUGUCUAAGAAAAUUGAUGACAACAGUGAUGUGAAGAGCCCUACAUGGCAAGACACAGAGGUUGAAGAAGAUAUGCCAACGCUUUCUCCUCAAAUAUAUCUUGAAGUUCAGGAACAAGGUGCAAAGUCUUUAGUGGAGUCACCUAUGCCUCAGUUAUGUACCAGUGAUGGAGAAUGGUGCCUUGAAGGAAAAGUUGAAACAGGACCAAGCAAUCGUGAAAAAGGGUUAUGUGUCAUAAAUCUUGAGGAACCUAAAGCCAGAGUUCCCUACUCUGGAGAUGCUGCUACUGAGCCUUGUGGUGAAACAGAGAGUGAAUGUACUGUAUCAGAUACGACACAGUUCCUUAGAAACAACACGGUUGGGACAGAAAAUGAAGAGUCUCACCUACAGAUCAGUAAAGGUAUCUCCAAAAGAAGAAACCUAGAACCUUUGUCUGAAGCAAUCAGAGAGCCAUGCUUUUCUGCAAAAAGAAGGAAAAUGUUCCCCAAAGCCGCCUCAGACCAAGAGGAAACAGAAAUCAGCUUGACCCAAAAACUGAUAGAUUUGGAACAUCUACUUUUUGAGAGACAUAAGCAAGAAAAGCAGGACAGGUUAUUAGCAUUACAACUUCAGGAAGAGGUGGAUCAAGAGCAAAUGAGGCCAGACCGGCAAAAAGGAUCCCCAGAUGGAUAUCAGUUACGGACUGUGUCCUCACCUCCAGACAAAGUACUAAAUGGACAGAGAAGGAAUUCCAGAAACAGAAAUUCCAAAAGACAAACUGAGCUAGAGCAGCCAAAACCUCGGACAGACUCAAAAAAUGAAAACCAUCAGCAACCUUCUUUUAAGAUCCAGUUGAAAUGUUCGGUUAAUGGAAGAAAGAUAGCAAAUUCUACUAAUGAUAAUUGUAAUGUACCUAAAACUGCUCAUUCCCUACAGCCUAGUAAGUCACAGAAAAGUAUUUUUCAGAUGUUUCAGAGAUUCACAAAGUAAUGCUUGAGUAAGAACAGUAUUUUAUAAUCCAGUAAGACUGGGUUGUGAAGCUUUCUAUCAUAGGUUCUUUAUAAAUUUUUCAUUAGCUCUGCUCUGUAGACACACUCAUUAUCUCUAACUAAAGGACCACGUGAUUACAAAGGAGAAAUAUAUGAAUGUGUUUCUGCCGGACUCAGUUGUAAGCAAGAGUCCCACUCCUUUCCUUUUUCAAUAACUGUGAUACACUAAGUAUAGGUUGACAGCCUUUACGUAUGUAAAAUUGCAUUUGCCAACUCCCAGGAAAUCUUCAGUUCUGUGCAUUUCCCCCAAAAUGCAUAUUUUAUGGCCUUUGAGCCCCUUUUUUCCUGACUAGUAAUCAAAGCAACGUUAGUACCAAGUAACUAAGGGAUCCAGGCAGGGUUUAAAAGCUGUUUUCUUGUAGCUUUCCCAUAUUUGCAGAGCACUUGACAUACAUCUUUCAUAACACUAAUUUCCAUUUCUGCUUUAAUUAAGUAUUAACAAUAUUUUCUUUGACUUAAAAUGGGUUGGGGUCAGUGUGAAAUCAGAAAAAUCAGGGUUUUCUGGAAAAUUAGGACUUAGUUGACAAAACUAGACUGUUGAUGCAAAGGAGCUUGUCUUGGGAUGAGGCUAGGUGGGUAGAUGAACAGUGUGGGAUGAUCAGACGGCUGGAUCUAGAAUGGAGUAGCAGGUGUAGUCUGGCAGAGUGUUCUUCCUCGUCCUUUCUUUGCUGAAUGACACAAGAAACAUUUAGAUUUUAUAGUUUUACACACCUUACUAUCUAAUCUACUAUUCCAGAGGAAAAAAUGGAAAGUUAUGUCACAGUAUCCUGUAUUGUAGAACCUGGCUAACCAUGUGUUUAUUUCCUUAGGUUAUCGUACUGACUUAUUUGUGUUUAUGGACAAAAAUGGAAAGUAUGAUACUUGGGUUUUGCCCUGUCUUACCCCCAAAAGUUAAAUAGGAAGGCAGCAAUUUCAUUUUAUGAAAUUUAACUUAGAGAUCUUUUGUCUCAGAAGUAUGAACAACUUUGAGCAAAUAACAGGUUUAACAGCAUUUCUGAUGGACGUCUAGUUAACCAUCCUAUUAAGGUAAUAACAUAAUAAAAUGUCCUAGAGUUAAUAAUUGUAGCUUAAAUUUAUCAGUGCUUUUGGACAUUGAUUUUUUUUCCUCCAAAUUUUGUAACCAAAAUUCUGUAAUCUGCAUACUGAUGGCAUCUCCUUCAGUAUUGAUUAAUUAUGGGUAGAAUCCUGAUGCUAACUUAAAAUUUAGUUUGCCCUUUCUCAAAAAUGAUUGUCUCCUGAGUAAUGAUUGUGCUGAAAUGAAGUGUACUUAGAAACUAACCAAAUUUGUCUAAAGUAGACUAACAUCUUUUCAUCAAACCAAUAUUUUUUUAAGACCAAUUUUGCUUUACAUUUUAGGGAUUCCUCAAAUAAAAUUACGCAGUUAAAUCUUCCUGGAAUAGUCCAUGACCAAAAAGGGAGAAAAAUAGUAUAAUGUAUUUAGGAUUUACAUAUAUAACCACCUAUUUGUCUGAAAAGUCUUGCUGACUAAAAUUGGUUUUAACACAAAUUUUAACUUCUUAGUCUUUCUGAUAAUCCUACCAUGUAUGCAUCUUUGUAAGAAACUAGUAAAUAUUUUGUGUCAUUAUAAUGUAUUGAUACUUUUCCUUCCAUUUUUAUGGAACAGAUAUGAGUGUUUUAUUUCUCAAGGAGUGCUAGAACUGUGCAGAGGCUGAAAAUUAAAAUAAUUAUUAAAAAUUAAAAUGGACUAUAUGUUUUAUCACAGUUAAAAAUUAAAACAUGAAAAUAAGUUCUGUGUAAAAACUACCAUAAAGGAAAACUGGAAGACUAGGGAAAAAGUAGAUACAGUUCACCACAAAAAACGAAUUUCUUUUUAUAAAGUGUCUGCCAGUACAUUAAGAAAAAGACUAACAACUCAAAAGAAAAAUUAGAGAAGUUUAUGUUCCCAAGAAACAGUUCUCAGGAAAUACAAAUGGCUCUUGAAUGUGUGAAAAGAUGCAUAAUAUCACUUAUACCAAUGCUCAUAUGUUUUUCCAUCCUUCAUUAGAAAAGAUAAAGGUGCUUUUUUGGUUUUGUUUU